CUAAUAUACCCUCCCUCCAUCACCGUGUGUGAAUUCAUUAGUACACACAGGUAAACUUCCUCUCUGCGUAUUUUCAUAGGAACACAUUUGACUUCCCACUUAUUAUAACCAGGUCAGUGAGCUAAGCGAACAUGCAGACACAAAGCUGAUCACAGCUACAUUUGUUAACAGCAGGGAUGAAGAUGCUUCAGCUGGUUACGAUUCUACUCACGCUGUCCGGAGUUCUCGCUCCCUAUGAUUGGGGUGUGAUCUAUCCGGAUAAUCCGAUCUGUGCUGUGAGAGGAUUCAGUGUCUCCAUUCCCUGUAGUUAUUAUUAUCCAAAAUCAAAACCCAGUAUUCAGGUGAUACGAAUGCUUUGGUGCUCAUUGAACUCAAACACAGACGUGUGUAUGAACCCCCCGACUGUUUAUAACAGCUCAUCAAUCACCACAUCAGACUUUGAGUACGCUGGAGACAACAAAUCAGACUGCACUUUGUUAAUCCACAAUGUACAGUUCAAUUAUUCUGGAGAGUACAGAUUCAGAUUUAUAACUAAUGUGACCCGUGGCAAGUGGACAGGUGAACCUGGAGCGACUCUACAAGUUGCAGAUUUAAAGGUGUCACUAAUCAGGCUCAGUGGAAACGGAACCCUUAAACAAGGAGACUCGUUAAAUCUGACGUGUGAUGUGAACUGCACACAAAGUUCCUCACAGUUUGUGUGGUCUAAGAACAACAUACAGUUAAAUACAUCAGGACGCGUUCUUCACUUUCCUGCUGUAACCGUGAGGGAUUCUGGGAGUUACACCUGCACUUGGGAAACCAACAUGACGUCAGGAUCUGAAAUGAUCAGCCUUCUCGUCGAGGGUGAAAAUCCUGAUCAUCUGCCAAACUGGAUCAUUGCUGUGGUGACAUCUGGAGUGAUUUUCAUCAUCUUAGUCCUCUUAGGAGCUGCGAUUUGCAACAGAAGGAGGAAACCCGACGCUCCGGAAGACAACAGCAGAAACGCUGGAGAGCAAACACAGGUAAAGCAGCUUCCUCAACCCAAGGAAGAAGUGCCGCACCAGGGGGAAGUGACUUAUGCGAAUAUGUGUGCCAAAGACAACAAUCUGAACAAUGGGAAGAGAGUAGAAGCUCAAGAAAAAAACAGUGGGAAAGGUGCAGACAAAGCACAGCAGGUUGGAGAAAACACACAUGAUAAACAGACAAAGCCACAAAUAAACAACGUUCCUCAACUGGAUGAUGAAACGUUGCACACGGAGGAAGUGACUUAUGCGACUGUGUUUGUCAAAGACAAGAAACUUGAGCAAGGACGUGUCCACACUGAACGACAGGAGGAGGAUGACAGUGUUAUCUACAGCACUGUCAAAAACACCUGAUCACAUUUGUACAUCUCAUUCAACCAGACACCGUGAGGCCUGUAAAUAUUCCCCUUGUGGGACUUAAAAUAAAAUGUGUGUCAUUUUAGGGCUUAUUAAUGUCAUAUAAAGUGUCCAGCUGUUUGCUUUAAACGUACACUUGGAUAGGAGAUUGCCUUUACAACUGAAUUUGUUUUAAUAAUCACUGAAGCUAAUUUUUUCCUUUAAUAAUUGUGUUGUUUUGGGAAACAGACUUUCGGUAAGCGCUUUAUCCUGGUCAGGCUCCUGGUGGAUCCAGAGUCUAUCCUGGGAAUACUGGGAGCAAAGCUGGAAUAAAUUCACCCUGGAUCUGACGGCAGUCCAUUGCAGGGCACCGUGUACACACGCAUUCACACACUCAUUCACACCUAGGAGAAAUUUAACGUAGCCAGUCUAUCUACAGACAUGUUUUUCAGAAAGUGGGAGGAAACUGGAGAACCUUGAGGAAACCCACGCUAACACAGUGAAGAUUAUGCUGCCUUUUCUCCCUAGAGCUCUGUGACUGUUAAUGUAGGUGCUUUUCUAAAAUGCAAAAAUCAAGUGUGUCUUUAAUUUAAAAUUUUUCUUUCUUUCUUUCUUUCUUUUUUUAGGUAUAAGCUUUUGUUUUGUUUAUUGGAUAGAGAAAAUAAUGCCUGUUACUAGUUCUGCUUUUUUUUAAUGGAUUGUGAGAUUCUGCAUGAAAACCUUAAACAUUUGUUUCUUAAACAAUGGUUGUGUCAUGGGACAUAUCACUUUAUCAACAAUUAAUCAAUAGAAGCUAAUCUGUAUGCUAGAAAUCUAGGGUCUUGUGUGAUCAUGUAUGUAAAGCUGAUAAACCUUUAGUAAGUCUAUCUGAUGAUAAGGUGUUAAUAGAGACAAAUUCAUCGAGUCAGUGAUGUGAACCUCAGUAAUAGGAUUCAGAAAAGCUCUGAAAUUGAUCAAGAAACAGGAAUGUUUAGAUGGAAGUCUUUCCACAGAGCUGAGGAGUGUUUCUGAAACUAAAGGUUUAAAUAAAUUAAUUGUUACUUAAAUUUGUAAGAUGUUUUAAAGCACAACAUUGAUGUAAUUGUUGGACUUUAUUGUGUAUAACUGCUUUCUCCUCAGAUUUCUCCACUUUAUUUACACAGCAGCAGCUAGCAUAACAUACUGAUUUGGUCCACUGCUAAGUUGUGUAUGUCUUGAGUUUCAUAUAAAUAAGAUCUAUAUUA